AUGCUGACAGUUUUCUCCAAAAUCGAGACACCUCUCAGCAGAGAGAAACCAGACGGCAGCGGUCCGUCACAAUGCUGCGAAGAGGAGGAUGCCGCUGCCGCGGCUGUGAGUCGAGUCUACAAGGCCCUAAGUAGCCUCGCUCGCGGUCUUACCGCAAUCAAUCGCAUCCUUGGUCACCUGAACUUGAAUAUCAACGCUGCAACGACUACGUCUGAUUACGAGAUUGACCCGGAUGUGUGGGAAGCACAUCGCCAGGAGUUCAUCGAGACACUUAUGGAGGUCUACGACGCCACCGAAAGAGUACUCAAAAUGGCUAUACGCACUGAGGAGUACCUUGACGCCGGACAGCAUGAGCUGCUUGUGAGAAAUAUUUAUCGUGUUUGCGAGAGGGUUUCUCUACUCCUGCCCCAAGAUCUAUACAAUAGUCUUAUCGGCAAAGGAAAAGAAAUCACGAGACGAAAGUAG